AUGAUCGAAGAUCAGCAAAAAGUCCUCAAAAGACAGAUCCACCAAAGGAGAAUAAACAUCCAUUUGCUCUUUAUGGAAGAAGAUCAAGAAAAGCAGCAGAGUGAAGAGCAAGAAAAAGCUGUAGAACACAGUUCUGCAAAGGAAGCUGACAAAACCAGCCGUACAGGACAACGUUCAAGCCGAAGUGCCUUGUCCAGUCGUAAUGAUCGAAGAUCAGCAAAAAGUCCUCAAAAGACAGAUCCACCAAAGGAGAAUAAACAUCCAUUUGCUCUUUAUGGGUGGGGAGAAAGAAAGACAGAUACUGGAAGUCAGAAAACUCAUAAUGUCUGUGCUUCUGCUUCAGUAAAUGAAAUUCAUGAAUCUGCUCUACGAGCAAAGAACAGGAGACAAGUGGAGAAAAGGAAGCUGUCUCAGAGGAGAGUACGAUCAGCAGAAGCAGACAAAGCUUGGCGGAUAAAGCCCUCUCCACCAGAUAACCCUUGGAUGACAGAAUAUAUGAGAUGCUACUCAGCAAGAGCUCGGUGA